UUCUGAUGUUAUAGAUUCAUUCAAGCAUAGAAACAAAAAAAAUAAUAAAACUUAUUUUUUUUAUGAAAAAAGAAAUCAAGAAUCACUAAACAAGACAAUUGCCUAUUAUAAUUGUGAAGGCAUUAGAGAUAUCUCUACCAAUUGUCCCUUUUCCAAUGGAAAGUCUUACCAAAAAUCAAGGAAUGUAGAUUGA